UCCUUGCACAAAUUUUGCAGCACUGUUGAAGUUGAAUAUCCUGAAAUGCUACCUAGAGUGGUCAAAAACAUAUAUAAUGUGUUAAACAAUGGAUCAUUCGAUGAAUACAGAUAUUUCAAACACCAAGUCAGAUCAUUAAAGUUCAUACAGAAAGACCUGAUUGAUUAUAGAAAUUGCCCUCUUUGCCCACAAACUGGUGAGUUAGGUGUGGCCAUUCAUUCCAUGGAUGCUUGCUUUGGUCUAACUCGCAAAAAGUUGGCAAGGAAUAGUUUUGCCGUCCCAAACCAUGGCUGCCUUAAGUUUGCUGAUCAGGAUGAAGUAGAUGAUUUUGUUGAUCAAUAUAGCAAGUCUAAUAACAAAGUAAGAGAGAGUUGUCAGAUAUUUAAGGCAGGAGAAGUUACAGAAGCACUUCACUCCAAAGGAAAAAAUCAACUUUUUGAUGAAAAAGGAGUGUUUGGUAGUUGUUGCAGUCGGCAUUCACACCUUGGACGAUUUUUCAGCACUAAAUAUGGGGAAAGGCAAACAAGAGUCAUGACAUUUUGUCAAAAGUGUCAAUUUCGGUGCCGAUAUUUCAUUGUUAUGGACACAAGGCUUCAUGCCAGAUGGUCAGAAAAUUGCCACUCGCUUGUCCAGGCAAAUCGCCAAGAUCACGAACAAGAUGAAAUUAACAAUUGGGAAACACAAUGCUGCCAUUGAUUCUCUUCGUGAUGUUAUAAACAGUUUACCCGAUCGUCUGACAUUUGACAAAGCGAAAGAUCCUACAUCAGACCUUUAUGAGGGAUUUGAGUCUGGUGAGGAUGACAUU